AACGAUAACGCGAUAACGCGCGCGUGCACGCCGAUCGAAAGGCUGCACAAAGAGGCCGCCAAAACGGGCUUUUAUCCGUAAUAUAUAUGAAAUUAAGGCAUUUCUAUCAACAAAUCAGACAAGUGAAAAUCAAAGCAACCAACAUAAACAACAACAUGUGCGACCCAGCUGCAACGGCCGAUCAGCGUAACGUGGAGAUCAAGGCGCGCAUACCCGGCGGCACAGCUGAGUUUGAACGUCGCCUGGGCAUUGCCCGGCAACUGAGCGGCGCCGCUGGCGAGUUAAUUGUGCAGCGCGAUGUCUUCUUCAAUUCACCAAAGGGCGGUCGGCUGAAGCUGCGCUACUUGGAGGCGCCGGCACGCUCCCAGCUUGUCUACUACGACAGACCCGAUGUGGCCGGGCCCAAGCUUUCCAAAUACAACAAAAUCGAGGUGGAUGAGCCCGCGGUGCUGGAGAAGAUGUUGCGUCAAUCGAACGGUGCACUGGGCGUUUUGGCCAAACGACGCCAGCUUUUUAUAUACGAACAGACGCGCAUUCACAUGGAUGAGGUGCAGGAUUUGGGGCAUUUCAUGGAGUUCGAGGUGUGUCUGCGGCCCGAACAGACGCCCGAACAGGGCCAGGCCAUUGCCGAGCAGCUGAGCCAAACGUUUGGCAUUGCGCCCGCCGAUCUGAUGAUGGGCUCCUACUUCGAUGCGCUGACCAAGGCCGGAGAUUCCUGAAUUGCAGCCAACAUCCAAGUGUACCCAAUAAAUGAUGUCUACAUUUUAUGCAAA